AUGUUUGCGCCAGACAAGGAAUGCAUUGCUAAAGAAACAGCAAGUGCGCCAAAUAGCACGUUGCCCCCGGACCUGCGACGAAUUGCGGAAGAGGAGCUCGGAGAGACAGACACAGCGAGGGAAAAAGCAGUGGCUCAUCUGAGGGAACUUCUGGCGGCGGAAGAGCCUGAGCUCCGUCCGAGAACAGAUGAAAACUUUCUGCUGCGCUUUAUUCGGGUACGCAAGUACGACGUAGAGGCCGCACUGAACACCAUCAAAAACUACUACAGGAAUCGUGCAGCCUGUCCUUCGAUCUACGAUGAUUUCCUGCCGUCAAAGGUCUCCCCUGUUGCAAGAAGCCUGUUUGUGGUGUUGCCAGAAAGAGAUGUUCACGGACGCCUCGUACUGCUUGCAAAAGCAGGAUCGUGGACGCCCAGCACGCUGCCCUACCGGGAGUUUCAACAGACAACGCUCAUGUGCUUCGAGCACAUGGCAGACGAUCCUUCAGCACAAACGGCCGGAAUUGUCUUUCUUGUUGACUACCAAGAUUUCACCCCGGAAAAAGUGUUCUACUACAGUAUUGGCUUAAUAAGACGGGCCAUCGAGUUUCUUCAAGACUGCCUGCCAGCCCGAAUGAAAGCAUUUCAUGCCGUGAGGCAAUCGUACGCAUUCAAUGUACUCUUUGGGCUUGUGAGACCUUUCAUGAAGAAGAAGCUCGCGGACAGGAUUCACCUUCACGGACAUAACUUCGAGAAUCUGCACAAAGAGAUACCUCCCAGCAUUCUUCCCGAGGAAUAUGGAGGCGAUGUUCCUUCCCUGGACUUCGACGCCUUCUGGACACAAAUGGAGGCACAAGAGUCAUCUUUUGUUCAAAAUAACAGCUACGGCUACAGCAGAAAAGAACAAACAGCUGUGUUCGAUCAAGAGGAUGAAGUAGAAAUAACAGCGCUGUAG